GUGACUCUGCGUGUUGGGGUUCCUAGAGGUUAGUCUCCCCUGGAAGGGGGUGACUCUGGUUCUCAGGGUCCCCGCGGUGUGGGGGAGGAGUGGCCCCUGGAAAGCGAGUGUCUCGGGGUGUUGAGGUCCCAGGGAGAUAGUGCCCCUUGGAAGGGGGUGACUAUGUGUUGAGCCCAUUGGGAGUUGGAAAUUGUGGGUCCCUGGUGGGGCAGUAUCCCCUGGAGGGAGCUCCCUCGGUAUUGGGGUCCCAUAGGGGGAGAUUGUGGGUGUUGGGUAUGUCUGGGGUGUAUCUCCUGGAAGGAGUGACUCAGUAGCGAGUACCCUGCUUCCCACUGAUCUCUGGGGAGGCGGGGGGAGGUGUUGUACAUUUACCGCGGGGCCGGAGCCCCGAGCCACUGGGUGAGGAUGGCGUGGGCUCUGAAGCUGCCGCUGGCGGAUGAGGUGAUCGAAUCGGGGCUGGUGCAAGAUUUCGAUGCCAGCCUCUCGGGCAUUGGCCAGGAGCUGGGCGCUGGCGCCUACAGCAUGAGUGAUGUUCUAGCCCUGCCCAUAUUCAAACAGGAAGAAUCAAGUUUGCCUCCUGACAACGAAAACAAGAUCCUGCCUUUUCAGUACGUUCUGUGUGCAGCCACAUCCCCUGCAGUGAAACUCCAUGACGAAACACUCACCUAUCUCAAUCAAGGUCAGUCGUAUGAGAUCCGGAUGCUGGAUAACAGGAAAAUCGGGGAGCUGCCUGAGAUAAAUGGGAAACUGGUAAAGAGUAUAUUUCGAGUGGUGUUUCAUGACCGGCGGCUGCAAUAUACGGAGCAUCAGCAGCUUGAGGGCUGGAGGUGGAACAGGCCUGGGGACAGGAUAUUGGAUAUAGAUAUCCCGAUGUCUGUGGGUAUAAUUGACCCCAGGGCAAAUCCAACACAACUAAAUACAGUGGAGUUUCUCUGGGAUCCUUCAAAGAGGACUUCCGUGUUCAUCCAGGUGCACUGUAUCAGCACGGAGUUCACCAUGAGGAAACAUGGCGGCGAAAAGGGAGUGCCCUUCCGAGUCCAGAUCGACACCUUUAAAGAGAAUGAGAAUGGGGAGUACACUGAGCACUUGCAUUCUGCCAGCUGCCAGAUUAAAGUCUUCAAGCCCAAAGGAGCAGAUCGAAAACAGAAGACGGACAGAGAGAAAAUGGAGAAGCGAACUCCUCAUGAGAAGGAGAAAUACCAGCCUUCCUAUGAGACCACAAUACUCACAGAGUGUUCUCCGUGGCCAGAGAUCACUUAUGUCAACAAUGCACCAUCUCCUGGCUUUAACAGUUCCCACAGCAGCUUCUCCAUUGGUGAGGGAAAUGGCUCUCCAAACCACCAGCCCGAGCCACCUCCUCCGAUCACAGAUGUAAGUCCCACCUCAAAUCUUAUGCUUGUGAACCUCCUGCCAACGACGACGCCUCAGGAAGCCCAGCAAUGGCUGCAUCGAAACCGCUUCUCCACGUUCUCCCGGCUCUUCACGAACUUCUCAGGGGCAGACUUACUGAAGCUAACCAGGGAAGAUGUUAUCCAGAUCUGUGGCCCUGCAGAUGGCAUCAGGCUCUUCAAUGCGUUAAAGGGACGGAUGGUACGGCCAAGGCUGACCAUCUACGUGUGCCAGGAGCCUCAGCCGCUGAGGGACCAGCAGAAGCAUGAGGAUGGGGAGCCGGCAAACAGUACUUUCUUUGUAUAUCACGCUAUCUAUCUGGAAGAGCUGACAGCAGUGGAACUGACAGAAAAAAUUGCCCAGCUCUUCAGUAUCUCCUCUCGACAGAUCAGCCAUAUCUACAAACAAGGCCCUACAGGAAUACACGUACUGAUCAGCGAUGAGAUGAUACAGAACUUCCAAGACGAAUCGUGUUUUGUUCUGGACACAAUGAAAGCUGAAACCAAUGAUAGCUACCACAUCAUCUUAAAAUAAGAGGGAACUGGACUAGGAGAGAGCCCGUCGCCACCUCUCAUCACACACAAAGACCCAUCGCCUAUUGCACGAGGAUGCAAGCAGAGAUCAGAAAUUCAUGGGAGGCUUCUGUAAAGAUCCCGAGCUUUGUUGUUACUGCGCCGUACCUUCUGGCAGGUGACCCACCCCACCCCCCCCGUAACUCUUCUGGCAUGCAGCCUGCUGCCGAUGAUAGCGCACUGCUUAACCUCUGGAGUUUAAAAUGGAAGUAGUUGCAGAUGGGAGGCUAAACUUGCCAGGUUGUGUUGUCCUUCGCUAUUGAUAGGAACUUGCCCUUGUGUCUUGGGACCUGCGUAUGGGUUUAAUGAUAAGUGUGUUACAUUUUGAGAGGUGUCGGCUCCUGUGAUUGUGCUGGAGACUUGCAAGUGAACAUCUAUUCUAAUAACUCAACCCAGCAACAUCUCCGGCAUACACAGCAACCUCUCAAACACCCCACCCCCCAAAAUAAACCUUCCAACUGCACUGAUGGAACUGGGGGGGGGGGAAGCAUUAUUUUUUUAAGCUUCUCUUUGACCUUGUCGGACAGCUGCAUGGUGAAGGCAUUAUUCUCAUUCUCCCGAUCUUUGGUGGUUUAGUUCCUGCGUGUGCAUGUGAGAAAGAGAUUGCUUGUAGUUCUGUCCUCCAUGUCCGUGUCAAGACCGUCAGGAACUAACUCCAUUCUCAUGGAUUUAUAAGGUCACUGUCUAUAUGGACAAACAUGGCUUUACUCUCAAAGCUCACGUGACUUUGAAAAAAAAAAAUGAAAUUUGAUGAUGAAUUAGCUAACUGAUGAUAUGGUCUGUUUCCUGUAUGAUUUUUUUUUUUAAAAAGGAACUAAAAUUCUUGAUCUUUGAGGUGGAGGGGAAGUGAUAAACUUCUGCUGUACCUUCAUUGUCAACUUGGGUGACACUUUAUUGGCAUGUUGACUUUUAUGUCUCAUUGGCCUGAAAGUCACUUUUGGAGCUGGAAGAGUAUGGGACCAGCACUGAAAAAGAUUGACAUAGCAAGAACCUGCAGGCUGUGCUUAAAGCUACUGAAAACGCCAUGGCGACGAAAGGGCCUACAUACAGAUUUCCAGGACAGCAGCCGUUGGGUCUCUUGGGUGUUUUAAAAAAAAAAUAAAAUCUGCUUUCUAAAACAGAUGCCUGAGCACACGUCCCCUCUUUGUGAGAGCACCUAUUAUAGCUUGAAAGAAGAUGUUCUAAAUAAAAAGCAUCUUAUAAUAAAGUGAGGCCUGGAUUUAUAUUUGCCCAGAAUGUCAGGUUCUUGGGUAAACAGAUGGUUUUUAUAAACAUACAUGAAAUAUUUUUACAAGAAACAGAAUACAAAGCAGAUGUGUUCAAAUGAUUAGGUUGUGACAUUAACCAACACAAGGCAGGAAAUGCCAGGUUCUGAGUUGGACCAGGAAAGGCCUAGCUGGGGCGGGGAGUAAUGCUGCGUAUGCGACAGUCUGACAAUCGUAUCUCCAUAGUUCUAAACAGCUGGUAAGAUAUUGACUGCUCUUCUUAUAACCCUAAGAGGACCUGUAUGAACUCCCCUCUGCCUCCAAUUCAUUGGAAAGCCCUAAAGAUGGCAACCAUUAUGUAUCUGUUCCAAUCCCCCCUUCCCUCUGACGAUGAUGGCUUCUGUAGAUGCUAUUUAGUGAUGCGUCUGAGAGCCUUUCACCUCUAGACUGGAUUGGAAAUAAUGAAACAACUCAGCGAUGGCGCAAGAGUUGUUGGCCGUUUGAUGGCUGCUUGGUAGCCCCUGUGUGAAAGGUGCUGGAAGUCCUUGCCCCCUCCUUCCCCCCACGUUUCCUAGCAAAGACCUGCCAAUGCCAUGUCAUUGGCAUCAUUGUUGGCGAAGAACUGAGUGAGCCAUAGAGACUGAGCCAAAAAUAGCCCCUCCGGGUUGAUGGUGAGUAAUGUUUUGCAGGACAAUGUGUGAACAUGCUGUGCUGCUUGCUGUUUUAUACCUGUUCUGGGGAUAAAUAGAGGACUUCGGGACAGCCUCUUCUAUCCAGUUUUGUCACCCAGGGCUGAAUUCACUUCAAUGCCAAAGCAGUUGGUUUUUUUCUGGGUUUUGCUUAAAAGGACGCUCUGAAAGCCCCUUUGUAUCACGGCCUGAGUUGUGGGCAGCAACCUGCAUUGUUCCUCUACCUGGCUUUUUGAUGGCUUGUGACAUAACAGUUGUCACGUUUGAAUCUUGAACUUAGAUCUAAACACUCUGAAAUGGCUAUGGAUCUUUGCCUAAUAAACGUGGAGGCCUCGGCCGCUUAAAUCGAUGGGGCUAAAGAUGCCAAGAAAAGCUUAGAAAAAGCUGGAGCGAUUUCACCUGCUUUCCCUGCUGAAGAACGGUGUGCGCUACUGAUGAAUUGACAGGACUAUGAACUCUGCAUACAGAGGUGCUAUCCUUUUGGCAGCUGGCCUUUUGUAUCUAUUGUACUACAUCAGUGAUAGAUUGGGAAGAUGCCUGUAUUUUAAUCUGGGGGGCCGGGUUCUCAGUAUGCAAGAGGCGUAAUAGAAAAUGUACAAUAGUGACAGACGUUGACUAUUUUGUAUCCAUGUUUCUGGGUGCGUACAGAUUCUUAAUGAAUCCAUUGUUUGAAAACAUAAACUUGUGCGUCUGUGUUGUUGAUCUACAACAGCUUGUUAAACAGUCCCUCAGAGAAGGGUUAGAGGGCAGAACAGCCAGAGGUUCACCUCUUCUCCCCCGUGAAACUUAAUGGCCAGUACUGGAAAUAAACGAUUAAAAUAAAGGGGAAAUAGAAAUCCUCUUGAUCAACUGCUUCUUUGCCUAAACAGCUUCACUAAAGAAAUCACUUGACUUCCUUAUUAGCUAAUUUAAUGAAGAUGAAAACUCUCCAUUUGAAUUGAUACCCACAUUUGGAUUUUUAGAGCAAACAAUUUUUGGUGGGUUUCAUUCCCAUCAUCAGCUGAUCGAGGUAAGUGACAAAGUUAUUGAAUGUUUGGAAAAAGCUGGUGACAGGCUGUGUAGAGAAUUCCUUCAUUGAAACUGGGCUCUUGCUUGCCUUCUGGGUCCUGUCUAAUUUGACACUGUCCAUCCAAUGCACUUCAUGUUAUAUUGUGAAAAGUUUUCAUACAGCACCUCUCAGAUUCCUACUGGAUGGAAAACAGUGCUGCAUGUUGUCUUUCUGCCUGUCCUUUUAAGAGCAAGAAUUAGUAGUCCUAGUGUACUUAACAAGCAGAGCUAGAAACAGAAUCCCCAGCAACAGAAUACAGUAGAUGUUAAGUGAAUGACCAGUAAUUGAAACUUGCCCCAUAUAAAGCUGUAUAGUGGAUUGAAAAGAAACUGAAUUUAAUGUGAGAAUUGGAAUCUGCUGGAAAGCUUUCUGUACUCAUAGAAAGAACAGGAGUACUUGUGGCACCUUAGAGACUAACAAAUUUAUUUGAGCAUAAGCUUUCAUGGGCUACAGCCCACUUCAUCGGAUGCAUUAGUCUCUAAGGUGCCACAAGUACUCCUGUUCUUUUUGCGGAUACAGACUAACACGGCUGCUACUCUGAAACCUGUACUCAUAAACUGAUUCUUACUUGAUUUUUAACUAGUCUGGGGCUUAGAUUCUCCAACUGCUUUUUGACUCAGUUGCCCUUUGACCCCCUACAUCAGGCUGCAGCUGCUCACUCUUCCUAAAAUAAGGUGUUUUUGCUUAUUCCGGCUGGUUCUGGCCUUUCUAAUCUCUUGUCUAGACUCCUCUGUAAUUCCACUUCUGGCCACCUUAUUUCUUCCAUCUGGAGCUGUUUACACCCAGAGCUCAGCAGUUGGGCUUCUUCACUGCAGAGAUUGCAUUUAUCCCAUUACUACCCUUACUAACAAUUCAACCUGAAGUUCUGUUGAUAACAUAUGGUGGCGGCUUAUCUUAGUGUAAGUGCUGAUCUGGGGAUUGGUUAAUGGGGGUCCUCUUAUCGUCUUUCUAAGUUGAUUUUUUGCUGGUCUUGUUAGAACUCUUCAAUGGGUGGGCUGAUUCCAUCAUCACUGUGGAGUUUACACUUAAAAGAUUUGUGGAGUUACUGUUUGAAUUUUAACUUUCUCUUCCUUAGAUCUAGCUAAUCCAGCUGUUGCUUCUCAAUUCUUGUUUCUUUUUGUAACUGAUUCAUGAUUGCCUUGGGGUUUAAACUGUAAAGAUUGUGUUUAAUGAUCUGUAAGGCUUGGCGAUCGCUGUACGUGGGAGAAUGAGAGAAUAGUUUCCGACCUGGAGACCUCAAUGAUUGAAAAUGCACAGAGGCUCCAAGGACCCUUCUGCUAAAUGCAUCUUUAUUGCACACACUCCAUCCAGUGGUGAUCUAAGAUAUUACAUUACUUAUCAUUUGUACUCUUUGUAAUUGAAGGGUGAGUAUAUUAAAGUGAACCUAACCUUU